UGCGGAGACACGCGGUAUUAAUGAUCGAUAGAGGAAGAUAAAGUGUGUGUAUACGUAAAACGCGAGUGUAUACAUACACGUAUAAAUAUAUAAAGGACGGAGCACGGAGCGAGAAGGAAGGGUCGGGUGUACGAAAUCUUUCGGUCGCGCGUGAAAUAAUCUGAUCGCCGGAGAAAUGGAUUUUAACGUGAAGAAGUUGGUGAAGGACGCGGGAGCCGCCCUGAGCAGAGUCGUUCAGUUGACCGAGGAAACACUGGGCACUUCGGAAAAAACAGAGUUGGAUGCACAUUUGGAGCAUUUAGCCGAGAGAGCAAAUGCUACCAAGACGUGGACAGAGAAGAUACUGCGGAAUAUGGAAGCUGUGCUUACUCCAAAUCCUGGCAAUAGAAUUGAAGACUUUUUCUUUGAAAAAAUUGAUAAGAAGAGACCUAAUCGCUUGAGCAAUUUAGAGUAUGUGGGCACUGAUAUGAUAGAAGCUGGGAAUGAUUUUGGCCCAGGAAUAGCUUAUGGUAGCUCAUUAAUAAAAGUUGGUCAAUGCCAGCAGAAAUUGGGACAAAUCGAAAGAGAUUUUAUAGGAACUGCCGCCAACUGUUACAUACAGCCUCUGAGAAAAUUCUUAGAGGGAGAAAUGAAGACUGUUAGCAAAGAGAUGGCGAUAUUGGAAACUAAAAGGCUGGAUCUGGAUGCGUGUAAAAAUAGAGUAAGGAAAGCGAGGAGUAUGCUUGGUCAACAGAGUGAGUCUGGCGUAUCACCCGAAGUGUUGCUCGAUCAGGCAGAGAGGGAGCUGAGGGUAGCGCAGUCGGAAUUCGAUCGACAAGCGGAGAUCGUGAAACUGCUGUUGGAAGGUGUCUCCAGCUCGCAGGCCGGACACUUGCGAUGUCUGCACGAGUUCGUGGAAGCCCAAACUCGUCAUUACGCGCAGUGCCACGCCGUCAUGCAGGAUCUGCAGCGCGAACUCGCCGGGGCACGUCAACCGAGCCCUUUGCUGAGAGUCAACAGCGAGGAAGUGAUCGAGCUAACUCCCUCGCCCACUCUCCCUGUUAACUCAUCUGUCUACCCUCAAAAUUCAUCGCCUGUAACCACCGGAUCUACCGCUUACGUUACCGCCACGUUCGACACUGAUAUUAGUAAAAUUUAAUUUACUUAUUCGUUCAUGGAUCUCGUUGACGGAUUGUUGUUACGCGAAUUCUGCAUCUAUUGCGUAUUAGUUGUUACACUACAUUUUCUCUCUUCUUCUAACAGUGGUGUUUAUUGUCAAGUUAAUUAAUAAUUAAUUAAUUCACGUACCUUCUUGUAUUCAGGGUGUAUGCUCCCUGGAAAACCUGGAAAACUUUGAAUUCUCAGGGAAUUUUGUCCUACCUUGAAAAAUCCUAGAAUUAUCAUGGAAUUUGAUUUGAACUCAGGGAAUUAAAAAAAAAUUGUCCCUUUGAUUUUAAAAUAGUUUUAUAUAAAGUG